UUGCGGUGGGGGUCGAAUAGUCCCGAUUCUCUGCCAUCGGGCCUUUCCUGCCCUAAAUACAUUUUCAUCUCUUUGAGAAUCAAAACAAGUGUAAAAAUAAUACAGGGAUUAUAUUCAUUAGUGACCUUCAGUCAAACUUAAUGUUUUUAGUCUUUACAUAGUGAUAGUGUGAACCAUAUUCUGUUUAUCAGUAAUUGACAAAGUUCAUAGUGCCACUACACUAGUACUCAAGAUUAUAUGUGCAUUUUACAUACCACUUCAUUUAUAAAUAAUAUUCUGUGAUGUGAUUGAAAAAAGGAAACCAUGGCCACUUUACCACGAAUGAAUAGUUCUAAACAUGGGAAUAAUCCAAAUAUAUCAUCACCGUUCAGUACCAGCCCGCGAAAACUUCAAGAAAUGACUUUACCAAAUCAAGAAGGACACGAUGUCACAACUGCAAGUGGUAUAAGUAUGAAGCAGUAUGAAGAACAACUUAAUGGAUUGCGAAAAGAGAAUUUUCAACUUAAGUUACGCAUAUACUUUCUUGAGGAGAAAUUGGGAAAUGGUUCGCCACCCGCAGUCCAGGUAUUAAUUUGUCAUCCACAUGCGCAUGCUCAUUUCACGCAGUUUCGUCGAAUAAAAUCCUACUAA